AUGGAAGAAAGAAUAAUGUCACAAAGUCACGAUGAGAAGACCAUUCGAGGAUCACAUUGUACUAAAGCAAGUGCAUGGUUUCCAACAGUUGACUGGAAACUCGUAUCCCUCUGCUUAACGUGGUAUUUAACAUCUGUUAUAUCAACAUCAUCAUCUAAAAUGAUACUCAAACGGUUUACUUUUCCGGUAACUCUUUGUCAGAUUCAAUUCAUCAUGAAUAUAUGGUAUUGUGUUUUAUCGGUAUUUACCGUUCGAAAAUUGGACAUGAUGCUAUCUGUUUACAGGCAUUCUCGUGGGGGUAAGAGUAGUGGUGAAGGUCAUGGUAAUCUUGAUUUUAGUUAUUCAAUAUCCACGAAAUUUCGUUCACCGUAUUAUAUUAGCGAUUUACAACGAUCUUUCUCCUACAAUAAAUCAUUUUCCUUUCUAGCGUGUUUUCCUAAAGGAACUUUUCCGGAGAAUUUAAAUAGCUACGACUAUUCAAUCAUAAGAAACUUUUUUAAGCCUUCCGCUCUACUCCUUAAAGCUACGGUUCCUAUGGGUGGGUUUCAGUUCCUUGGUCAGUUAAGUAAUAACAAAGCGACAUCGUUGGUUCCUGUGUCCAUUGUUCACACUAUCAAAGCAUUGUCUCCAAUGGCUACUGUUCUCACAUAUCGAUUUCUUUUCAAAAGAUCUUUUGGUGUUAAGACAUAUGUCACACUAAUCCCGUUGAUUGUUGGGGUCAUGAUGAGCUGUACUAAACCUGAAAGUGCUUCAAGAAAUCAGAAUGAUCCUUUUUAUGUUGGAUGUUUUUUUGCUUUUAUUUCAAUGUUAAUAUUUGUCUCACAGAAUAUCUUUGCAAAAAAGUUUCUAACUUAUGAAACCGAUCAGCGGGAAUUAGACGAUAAAUCAUUUGCGCAAACGUUAGAUAUUAAAGUUUCAAAAUCAGAUUUUGAAUCUCGAUCCUCCAUUCUUCCAAUAUCCAUGCCUGUUACUCCGCUUUACGGAAAUUCUUCACAAUCUUUAAACAAAAUGGUGAAGGAUUCGAGGAAGCGUCUCGAUAAAAUAUCAGUCCUUUUCUAUUGCUCUGUUGUCGGUUACUGUUUAACACUACCGUUUUACAUACUAUCUGAAUUUUCUAAUCCCGUGGUAUCUUUGAAGUUCAUUGACGUUCACGUCGCAGCUCUGAUAUUUGUGUAUGGUAUUGCACAUUUUAUGCAAUCAAUUGUUGCAUUUCAAAUAUUAGGAAGAAUCAGUCCAAUUAAUUAUAGCAUAGCAAAUAUUCUGAAGCGCAUCAUUGUGAUAUCCUUCUCCAUUUUCAUUGAAGGUACACUUUUCAGUACUUUUCAAUAUAUUGGUCUACUAUUGACAUUUUCAGGCUUAUAUGCUUAUGAUCGAUGGGGAAUACAGCGAAGAAAAUAA